UACAACACCUUCCUAUCUUUUCAUUUCUUCCGUUUUCAUUUCCCAAUUCCGUCUGGAGAGAUGUACGGAUUCACGAGCGUGAGCAAAGGGGAUGUGGAUUUGGAGGCUGGAACCUUGUAUCCAGGGCUCAGUUAUGGCGAGAACGAGCUCCGGUGGGGUUUCAUCCGCAAGGUCUAUGGAAUCCUGGCCGUCCAGAUCGCCCUCACGACGAUCGUGUCCGCUGCCACCGUCUUGUACGCCCCCAUCAACGAAACCCUACGAGGGAGCCCUGGUCUCGCCCUCGGCGUCGGGAUUCUGCCUCUUUUCUUGAUGUGCCCCUUGUAUUACUAUCAACAGAAGCAUCCGUUGAAUUUUAUAUUCCUCGGACUGUUCACUGUAUGCCUUAGCCUAAGCGUUGGCAUUGCCUGUGCAAAUACAAAAGGAAGGAUUGUACUUGAAGCUUUGAUUUUAACAUCAGCCGUACUUGCUUCUUUGACUGGCUAUACUUUCUGGGCGUCGAAGAAGGGCAAGGAUUUCAGCUUCCUGGGUCCAAUUUUGUUUGCAGGUCUUCUUGUCCUCCUCCUGACUGGCUUUAUCCAGAUAUUCUUUCCACUUGGGUCGACAUCGGUCGCCAUCUACAGCUGUCUUGGGGCUCUCAUAUUCUCUGCCUAUCUCGUCUAUGACACGGACAACUUAAUCAAGCGAUUCACCUAUGAUGAAUACAUAUGGGCAUCUGUUAUUCUCUAUCUGGACAUCCUCAACCUCUUCCUCUACAUUUUGCAGCUGCUGAGGAGCUCCGAUGGGUAGAGUAACCCACCUGCCCUUAACUAUUUUCAGUUGCCUUGUAAUUAGCUACAGGACUAGCCAUUCUCUAUAUUGAUGUAAUGAACAUGGUUCAAGCAAAGCUCUGUGCAGCUGAAGUGACCCCUGCAUUGGGGCUGCUACACCAUUAGGUUCAUUGACACCUUUGUGAUCAGGCCAGCAGCACAUCCCACUGCUUGGUCUUCUGUGAUUGAUAAUCAAGAAGAUAUUUGCUUUCU